GAAAAAUCAGUUGUUAACAAAAUACAAUCUGUGUGCCGUAUAAAUAAGAAAAGAAAUAACGAAAUAAUUAUGAUAGUCGAAUGGAUAUUAUUGAAGUUAUUUGGUGUUUUGUUUUUCAUGAUAAUUGGAUUAUAUUUGUAUUUUAAGUUAAUUGUUUUUAACUUUUGGCGAAGAAAAGGUGUAUUAUACGAGAAACCAACGUUUCCAACUGGAAAUAUUGCCACUGCAAUUUUUAAUAAAAAAUCCAUUCACAAUAUUUUCGAAGAAAUUUACAUCAAGUACAAAUCGUAUCCUUUUGUUGGAGUAUAUUCGUUUUUCAAACCAAUUCUCGUGAUCAAUGAUCCCAAUUUGAUACGUUUCGUGAUGACGAAAGAAUUUUCAAGUUUCCAUGAUCGUGGAAUGUACUGCAACGAAAAGAUCGAUCCACUUUCAGGACAUUUGUUUCUUUUACCUGGGACCAAAUGGAGAAAUUUACGUAUACGUUUGACACCUACUUUUACGUCAGGAAAAAUUAAAUAUAUGUUUAAAACUUUACAAGAGAAUGGACUUCUGUUGGAAAAAUUUCUCGAAAAGAAAGCUCGUGAGAAAGAAGAAAUCGAAAUAAAAGAAAUUUUUGCUUGUUUUUUCACAGAUAUCAUAAUGUCUACUGCGUUCGGAAUAAAUUGCAAUUGUCUGGAAUACCCAGAGUCAGAAUUUCGUUAUUGGGGUAAGAGAAUAGUCAAGCCGAGACCUUUGAUAAAUACGAUAAUGAUAUUUGCUUCUAAAAUAAUGGAAAUUUUCUCGAUACCACUUAACGAUAAAGAAGCGUCUAGAUUUUUUUUAAAAGUUUUCAAAGAGACUGUGCAUUAUCGAGACAAACACAACGUCGAGAGACAUGAUUUCCUUAACUUGAUAAUGCAAUUGAUGAAGAAUGGAUACGUUAAGAGCGUCGAAGAGAACAGAACUAAUCCGGACAAAGAUACAUCCAUUAUCGACAUAAUCAAACUAGAAAAAUUCAAUAUGUCGGAAGCUGCAGCUCAAGCAUUUGUUUUCUAUUUGGCUGGUUUCGAAACUACGUCGUCGACGGUGACUUUUUGCCUUUACGAAUUGGCCUUGAAUCAAGAUAUUCAAAAAAAAACGCAGGAGGAAAUCGAUAGAGUUUUAAAAAAACACGGAGGCAUCUCGUACAACGCUAUCAAUGAGAUGACUUAUCUUCAAAUGGUCGUAUACGAAACCUUAAGGAAGUAUCCACCUUUACCUAUUUUAAAUCGUAUAUGUACCAAGGAUAUUAAACUACCUAAUUCUGAUAUCGUCAUACCUGAAGGCAUUGCUGUACUUAUUCCUCUUUUUGGAAUACAUAGGGAUCCUAAUAUUUAUCCCGAACCAGAAAAAUUUAUUCCUGAACGAUUCACGGAAGAACAAAUUCGUAGCAGACAUCAAUAUACCUAUUUGCCGUUUGGAGAAGGACCACGAAUAUGUAUUGGUAUGAGGUUUGCACUGAUGCAAACGAAAGUUGCUCUUAUGAAUGCUUUGAACAAAUUUGAAUUUCUACCAGGACCAAAAACUCCAAGGAAACUCGAAUUAACGGUAGGAACCGUAAUACUGAAUACGAAAUGUGACAUGUAUCUUCAAAUCCAGCAAAGAUCAUAUAUUCAAAAAAAAACGCAGGAGGAAAUCGAUAGAGUUUUAAAAAAACACGGAGGUAUCUCGUAUAACGCUAUUAAUGAGAUGACUUAUCUUCAUAUGGUCGUAUGCGAAACCUUAAGGAAGUAUCCACCUUUGCCUAUUUUAAAUCGUAUAUGUACCAAGGAUAUUAAACUACCUAAUUCUAAUGUCGUCAUACCUGAAGGUACUGCUGUGAUUAUUCCUAUUCUUGGAAUACAUAGAGAUUCUAAUAUAUAUCCCGAACCAGAGAAAUUUAUUCCUGAACGAUUCACGGAAGAACAAAUUCGUGCUAGACACCAUUAUGCCUAUUUGCCAUUUGGAGAAGGACCAAGAAUAUGUAUUGGUAUGAGAUUCGGUCUGAUUCAAACGAAAGUUGCCCUUACGAAUGCCUUGGCGAAGUUUGUAUUUUUGCCAGGAUCAAAAACGCAGAAGAAGCUCGAUUUCGUGGCAGGAAUUAUAACAUUAGGUACGAAAGAUGGCAUAUAUCUUCAAAUCCAACAUAGAUCAUAAUACUAUUAUUGUUUUUUUUUAUUGGAUAAAAAAUGUUAUUUUUUAUGAUAUGAUCAUUAGAUCCCUGAUCUUUAAUAAUACAUCUUUAAUAAUACUAUAUGGGGAAGAAGUUAAUUUGUAAAGGGCAUUUCAAUUUCGUUUGACUAUUAUAACAAAUUAUUUCUAAGUAUCAAUAACUUAUCAAAUACCGAAUGGCAAUAAUAAAACACUUCUCAUCACA